AUGUUGACCGAUGUGGACAUUAUCACAACGAUUGUCAUUGCUGGAACUCGAUCUCCGCCUGAACCGACUACAACAACAACAACAUCGACAGCAACGACGUCCUCUACUACGGAAGCAACCUCAACUUCUACAUCAACUACGACACCGCCGAUAGGUCGAAUUCCAAUUGUCCCUGUCAAUGGAACACUUGCAGCUGUUUACAAUACAUCUGUAGGUGGUGAUAGUACGGCAGCAACAAGCGGCUACGGUGUUGGCCAGUACCCACCGGGUCAAUCACCAAAGAUGGCGUGGGAUAAUGAUACAUCAACUGCGUAUAUAAAUUUUGGAUCAUGUACAGGCACUGAUUAUAAUAAUCAGUGUGGUUUGAACACUGGCUUCUAUCUUGAAUUACAACGUGGUUCAACUGUAGUAACGGCGCUACAAACGUACACAGGUGGUGAUCAUUCUGAACGUGAUCCACUAAUCGUGUCGUUAGAAGGAAGUAAUCAAUCAGGAUCAAAUCUGACACUUGGUAGCAGUUGGACUCUUAUUUAUAAUGGCAAUAGUGGAUUAGCAACCGAUCCAGGUCGUAAUAGCGGCGGCUCGAUACAACAAAUAAACAACACGAUUUCGUAUAAGAGUUAUCGAUUUCUUGUGUCUGGAAAACGAUCAACGUCAAACAGUGUUGCGUAUUCUGAACUGAUAUUGUAUGGAUACUAA